AUGAGUGGCCCCGCCGGAGCUGCUCCCCCGACGGUCGUGCUGGGCCUGGGUCUGGACGUCAGCGGACGGUGGCAUCAGAGAGCCGUCCAGAAGAGCCGAGACCUGGUCCAGACGUACCUGCUCAGCAGCUCUGUGCGCCCUCCACCCACAGCAGGAGGGGCCUGGGGGACCCGGGCCCCCGUCAGGCUGCCCUCACUGGUCGCCACAGCCAAGGGGCCCCGCAGGAGGAGCAGCAUGGCCCGUCUCAGCCUCAGCGAGCCGUCUCUCUUCACCCCGAAUGACAACAUCUUAUUCGAGGGAUUCUCCAGCAGCCGUCGCCGCAGUGUUUUACAGAAGCGACCUCCGCCUCCUCCUCCGUUCUCCAAGUCAUCAGUCCCUCUCCCCUGCAAGACCUGCCUCCCAUUCGGGACCAGCCAGACCCACCAGAACCAGGUCCAAAGCUCCAGCAGACCGGCCUACAUUCACUUUUCCCAGGCCAUCCAGCCGGGCUCCAAACCAAAACCAGUGAGACGGCAUUCGCACAACCCGGCCCUGAGCGCAGAGACGGUCCAGGGUGACCUCCGACCUUCAGUGGUGCAGUAUCGUAACUCGCCGUCUCAGGGGGAGCCUCUGUCUGUGGUAGGGAAGCCUUGUCUCCCGAGCUGCGGUGAGCGUCCCGCUCUGGCUGCAGGUCCAGGUCGCACGCAGCUUCACGUGUUUCUGCCCACAGAGGCUGAAGGAGAGGAGGUGGACAGUGAGUCUGUGGACGAAGGCUUCAUGGACGAGUUGGACAGUAAGAUAACGUCUCUGAAGCUCCAGCAGGGAGCACCAAAGACACUGACGUACCACUAA